AUGGCUAAUCCUAGAAGACGACUCGCAAAAUCCGGCUCUCCACCGCUCUCCUCAAAGGAAUCAACACCAGCCUUGGAUCUUUUUGACCCGGACGGAAAGAAAAAUAGCCGGAAACGCAAGAAUGAGGACCGCAACUCUAUAUUUAUUUCAAACCACAGUAUCUUCAUUCCCAAAGAUAUAGACUACAAAGAUCUAUCUUUUUUUGACGACGUUCUUACGGAAGGCCUUAUUGAUAAUGUCUUUUUCCCAAUCACAACAAGAAAGCUUUACCGUGAGCGACCUAUGCGCAAUAUCUCUCAAGAUGCCAUUUAUGAAAUCCUAUCCAAACGCCUCACUUCCAAAGGUGAAGAACCCAAAAUUAUAGACUUGAAAAAAGCUGUCAUUGAUUUUGUUGAACUUCCUUCUGUAAAACGCUUUCUUCAACCCUUUUCUCUUCAAAGCCAGCUUCAUUUUAUGAAGUACUCAAUGCUUUACAUGAAUCUUUACUCUCCCUCAACUGGAUUUUCCAUCGAUGUCACUGACAGAUACGUUUCACGCUCUUCAACAAAGGAAGCUUGUGUUAUUGCCCGUCAUGAAUUCAGUAAGGGCCAAGUUAUUAAAGGCCUUGAAGCCUGGUCUGCUCAUAUUGACCAGGACGAUCUUGAUAAUUUUGAGGGACCUGACUUUUCCAUGAUAAAUCAUGAAAAUGGUACAGGAAGCUUUCUUCUCGGACCAGCUCGUUUUGUCAACCACAGCUGCGAACCCAAUGCUAGUUUUAAGUACCGUGGUCGCAGAAUCACUAUUGUCGCUAUUAAACACGUUGGACCUGGUCAAGAGAUCACAGUUAACUACGGCAACCGUUAUUUUGGUCGUUUCAACCGUGAAUGCCUUUGCUUGGCUUGCGAAAUUCGUGGUGUCAAUGGCUACGGUGAACCCUAUAUUACCAAUGAAGUUGAUACUUCAUCUUCUGAAGAUGAAAAUGGCGGAGAAGAAGAGGAAGAUUCCGAAUGUGAGUUUCAUCAAAAGGAGAAGCAUCAUGGUCACCAUAAUGAAAACCAUGAUUAUGAGGGGGAGGAGGAAAAUGAUGGUAAAGAUGACGACAUUGUUGAAAUUUCUCCUGACCAACUCAACCUUCCUAAAAAGUCUCCUGCAAAACCUUCGGCUACCAGCUCUCCCAAACUAUUCACUAAAACUGUAAUUGGGCUUGAGACUCCAUCGCCGUCCCCUAGCCCUCAUUCUCCGAUAUCGAAUGUCUCAGUUUCGUUAUCGCCCACUUGCUCGAAAAACUCUAUUAAGGUUAAGCAUGACGCACUCAAUAAUAAUAAUAACAAUAAUAACAAUAAUAAUAGGAAUUUGUCAAUCUCUCUUCCAGACACCCCUGUUAGUGAUUCAAAUUCUCCAAAUACUAGUAUCAAUUCAAGCUGCAUUGAAACUUCCCCUCCUCCUCAACAUCAAACACAAACACAAACACAAACUCAGACUCAGACUCAGUUGACUCAUAAUACAACUCAGACUCAACAGCAGCAGCAACAGCAACAACAGCAACAACAACAACAACAGCAACAACAGAAUCACCGAUGCACUCGUAUUCAAGCUCGUAUAGAAAGUCAAAAGAAAGUUAUUGACUUUUUCACUUUCCAAUUUCCAGACGAUGAUAAAGAUUUCACAAACACUCACAUGGAAUGGGAAAGACGAAAAGUUCAAGAUCCAGAACUCACUCUUUUGGAUUACAUUCUCGAGAAAUUAUCCCAUCUCGAAAUGUAUGUUGAGCUUCAGGGUCUUUAUUACCGUGAAGCAAUUGAUGCUGAUCCAGAUUUGACUUUGGACUGCGACAAUUGCCAAUGCCCUUUCUUUGGCCCAGACGAUUCAAAACCACCACGCAUUUUCCCUGAUCGCUUUUGCCCUCGCUGUAACCGUCACGCAAUGCUUUACAAUAGUUCAUGGCCUUCGUUUGAGCGUGAACCAGAAAAAAUGGUUCUUAAGCACCCUUGGGACUUUUCUAAUAUGAAGUUGAUUGGCGUGCGCUGCCAUUUUGUUCCUCCUGAAGACGACAAGAAGAAUAAACGAAGUGGUGACGAAGAGAAUGAAGAAAAUGAAGAAAAUGAGGAGGAAUAUUCAGAUGGCUAUGAGGCUUUUGAAGAGUUUGAAAGUGAAGAACGUCACCUUCAACAUUCUCGAAGACGCAAGCGCAAAGACAUUAGGGAACACAAUCAUGCAGGAUUAAAGAAGCGUGGCAGGCCACCAAAAGAGUUCAAGACCCUUGCAACAAGACAAGGCUUUUUUGAUUAUGAAAACAAUGAAAAUAAAGAAGAUGGUGAUGACGACGAUGAACAUGAAUAUUAUGACGUUUCUGAAGAUGAUUACAGUAAAGUUCUUAUGAAACCACCGUAUGGCCGACGACGAAUUGCAAAUGAUGACGAUUCGGAUUCGGAUGAAUCUAGUGAAGAGAAGAUUUUUGGGUCCCGCAAGCAUUUGCGCUAUCGCCGACGCCACCACCUACUUCUUCAUCCUAGACAUACAUUUCACCAUCAACUUCAGCAACAACAUCACCGUCUUCACAAGCAUGGGAAGAAGGGUAUUCAUCAUCUACAAGAAAUGCCUAUCCCUGUUCCUGUAUACGCUGACGAUGCUGAUGAAAAUAAUGAAGAGGACGAUGACGAUAUGCUUAAGAUUAUCACGUUUGACAAAGACUCUAAUAAACCAAUUAGUGUGUCACGUAUGGUUCCUAUCAAUGCUGAAGGGAAACGUGGAAAAGAAGCAGCAAAGAUUAUUGCAGCAGCAGCCGCUGCCGAAUCCGCAGCUAAAGAAGCAGCAGCAACUGCCGCAACUGCAGCAGAACAUACCAAAAAACUGGUAAUAAACGCCACUCGAGCACUUGCACGAGUAACAGAGCGCACUGAAUUUUUGGGCCAGCUCGUUGUCCCCCAGUGUGGAUUGGAGACAUGGGACUUUGAGUGCAGCAAGUGCCGAAAGCUUGACUAUGGAGACAACUACGAGGAGGAUGAUGACGACAGUCACUACAACAAUGAUGAAAUUCACAUGGCUGGCACGUUGGCAACAGGCGAUGAGCGGGCACGACGGGCAGCGCGACGCCGUGCUGCAGCUGAAAUGGCUGCUCCUGUUGUCCAGCGGCGGCGACAACAGCAGCUGAAACAACUGAACGACACAACCGCUCAGUACACUGCACUUAAUGAUGUGCAGCGGCGGGUACAUUUCCGCGAGUACUGGUUGGACGUUCAGCGCAUGAGCGAAGAGUACUACAAUCCGUACUUGGCUGCAAAUCAAAGGGCUUUACCGGAGGAGCCAUCAUCAGUACCUUCUUCAACAUCAUUAUCAACAACAUCAACAACAUCAACAACACCAACAACAUCAACAUCAUCAACAUCAUCAACAUCAUUAUCAUCAUUAUCAUCAUUAUCAUCAACAUCAACAUCAACAUCAACAUCAACAUCAACAUCAACAUCAACAUCAACAUCAACAUCAACAUCAACAUCAACAUCAACAUCAACAUCAACAUCAACAUCAACAUCAACAUCAACAUCAACAUCAACAUCAACAUCAACAUCAACAUCAACAUCAUUAACAUCAAGAGCAGCGACGUCGCACCACCACCACGGUAAACCUCAUAGACGUGGCCCGCGGCUCAAAAAUCUUUUGCCCACUCCCAUUUAUGAAAGUAAAUCGCAGAAUCUGCCUUCAUGGGUCCUCAUGCAAAAGGUCAAAUGA